AUGCAACUCAUUCGUUUGCUUGAACUUGAUAACAUCGAUCGAAGAAAGACACAGGGUGAUCCACCCCAGAAUCUACAGAAGAUCCACGAGUGUCGAAAUACGUUAUGGAUUGCAUAUGCCUUUUACUGUCACGCAUCAACCAUAUUCUCGCGAUGUGAGCCGAUUGAUAUAGAGACUAACCACACCGCACUCCCCUGCGACUGGACAGAGGGUGACGGGGAUAACCCUCAGAUAUUCCUCUCAGAAGCAGCCACACACCCUAAGAGCAACAAACUCUCCUCUCUAGCCAUAUUCGUCCUCGCUAUGCGACUAGCCGCUUUCACUGAGCAACACCACCGGAUGACCGAGGAAAAUGUUUCGGGCAGAGGCGCCCCGGACUAUAAUUUCUGUCUCGCCCACGAACGUAGCGAGAACAUGAUCGGCAUGAUACUUUCCGCUUUAUCCGGGUGUUCUUUACAAACAGGACCCGACAAGGAGCUGCGCGUGCUAGCGCUAGUCGUCACCUUUGGCGCACGCAUCACCCUUUACAAGGCAGCCAUUGUGAACGUGAAAAAGGCAUCCUUCCUGGGGCCCGUGGUGGGGGAAAGUGAGAAAACGGGUGUCUUGGCAGCAAACGCCAUGUGUGACGUACUGCUGCAGGCAGAGGUAUUGAAUCCUGCUCAUGUCCCCGUGUAUCGGGCCAUGAGUGUAAUUAUCAUGCGCCCUCUGGCACUAGCGGCCAAAUUUCAGCUGUCUGUUGUGCGGAAUUCCGCACAGGGCAGUGGGAUGGGCAUGUAUUAUAUGAACCGAGAGAUUCGGCAUUCAAUGGAAGUGAUAUGUGGUGCCAUGGAGGCCUUCCAGGAAGGUAUGUGUCAAUACGAUGCUGGCAUCCGGGAGUGUCGGGAGCACAUGGAACGUGGGCAGUUUGGGAACCGAUUUUCCACCGAUUUUGGGACUAAACGGGUAUCAGGGUAG